AUGAUGGAUUUUCAAAGCGUAAAUCUUCUAAAUAUGCGAAUAAACUUGAUUUCCGGCAAUUUGUUUCCGAUGACAACGGAUAACUCGCGAUUCCCCGUUGGCUGGAGGAUAUACAGCGCCGUUACAUGGCUGAUUACUUUAGCCAUAAUCACUGGAUUUUGCUUCGGGUUCUUCAUGGUGUCCAAAGAGAAAGCUAUAAACGAGGGCAUGAUCGCCAUCGUGUUCAUCAUAGAAAUAUUUUUCAUGAUCGCCCGUAUUCAUUCGCACCGUGAUCUGAUCGUACAAUUGAUUCAGGAUAUAAACGACAUUCUUCGCGUCCAGGACGAGACUAUGAGACGCGUUGUAAUGGCGUCUCUAAAACUGAUGUAUUCCCCGUUCAAGUAUUACUGGGUGUCCAGCGUGACGACUACGCUAAUUUGGAUCGGCAUGCCGCUCACGGCGGCCUUUAAAAAGAGUAUCUUUUUCUACGAAGAUUUCAGAUUACCGUUCGCCAUCUCCAAGCAACCGUUCUCGACAAAAAUUUUCCUGUCGGGAGGUCUGCUGCUGAUGCUCUGCAGCGUCGCAAUAUCGCUACAUCUCGGUAAAACUUGA